AUGUUACAAGCGCUCGUCCCUCUCUCCGCCGGCCUCUUGACCUUGGUGGCACCCGCAUUGGCACGACCGGAACUGCCCUACAAUCCCACGCGCAUCGUGCCAGCGCAAAAUGGCUCGGUUGUCUACAUCUUCUCACCACAGCCGUCGGCCACCUAUCAGUUCUCGCUUUCCUGGCUCAAUACAUCCGAGACCGUGAACUCGAGUUCGCCGAGAACGACGCCGUUUGAAACCCUACCCUUUCUAUCAGAAUCCGAGCCACGCGCAUUUCUCACGCUCCCUCCGGACGAUGAAGGCUUCUCAGUGCUGGUGGGCGAUUGCAAUGAUCCUACACAAGAUCUGGAAUUAUGGAGGUUCAUAUUCGACACCGACUUCAGAAGUGGCGCGUGGAAGACGCCAGUGCUGGAUACAGAUGAUGAGUCCUUGGGCCUGAAGUACCUCUCCGCCGGCUUCACCUUCUCUCCAACGAAUUCACUCGACAAUGUCUCUCUAUACAUUUUUGGCGGCAUGUGUCCUAACAACAAGUCUCCGGACGCCGGCAGUUGGACCUUGGACGCGGCUUACUCAAACACCAUGCUCACCUUCGCACAAGGCUAUAUUACGAACGACGAUCGCCCUUAUACUGUUUCAUUGACCGGAGCAAGGGCGCCGCCGGUCGCAGAAGCGGGCUUGACCAUAACGCCGCUGGUGCCAACUUCCUCGAACACUUCAGAAAACACGGUGUCGCAGCAGCAGAACUUCGCCCUCAUCGGCGGCCACACGCAGAACGCCUUCAUCAACAUGUCGCAGUUGGCCAUCUUCUCAUUGCCCCAGGAGUCGUGGGCGUUCGUCGACGCGACCCAAGCGGAGCAUGCUAUCGAACCACGAUCUGGCCAUACUGCGAUCCUGACCGACGAUGGAUCCAAGAUAGUGGUGUUUGGAGGUUGGGUUGGUGACAUCAAUACCCCCGCCCAACCACAACUGGCCGUUCUGAACAUAGCUCAAGAAUAUGGUGGCGAGGGAGAUUGGGCUUGGACGCUUCCUUCCUCGAGUUCCAGUCCGGUCGAUGCUGACCAGGGCAUCUACGGUCAUGCCGCGACAAUGCUAUCUGGCGGCGUUAUGAUGGUCACUGGCGGCCACUCGAUCGCUCCGUCUGGGUCCCGGAACAAACGCGAUCUCUCGCGUAAUAUCUCUUUCCUGAACACCACAAGCUUCGAAUGGACCGAUGUGUACACGAACCCUCAUUUUUCCGGCUCAUCGUCUAAACCCACGAGCGCUGCACCAUCCACUUCAGGACUGAAGACCUCGGAGAAGGCAGGCAUAGGCGCAGGGGUGGGCCUUGGCGUGGCAGCAGCCGCCGUGAUUGCCAUAGUUUGGCUUCUCUACUCACGGAAACUCAGGGCAAAACGCGCUCUACGUGAAAAAGAGCUUCGUGAACUAGCUCUUGGUGCUGAGCGAUAUCACUCACCACUACCACCCGAUGAAGAUGAAGCGAGAUAUGCAAACAUGCGGAGCGCCAGUUGGGGUGCAGCACAAGAAGCAAAGAUUGAAAGCUCGAGGAACCCGGUUCCGUGGGCACCCGUGGUCAUGGCCAGUCACAACGAUCAGCAACGUCCAACGACUGCGGGUAGCGAGAUCAAUAGUGCCCGACACGCCGAGCGUACCGGCGUGCAAAUGGAGAUACCCAGUCCUACAAGAGGCUUGAGAAAGGGCGUGAAUGCAAGGGGUCCCACGAUAUAUCACCCAUUCAAUCAACAUCCACCUACGGGUUCAGGGGCAGUCUUCCGCAUCGAGGAAGAGGACGAACGCAGCCACAGCGGGUCUCUGAAGCGGGCAAAGACUCCUAGGGUGGCCACCGACAAUUGGUCGAUUGGAAGUAAUCCAUUCAAAGACCCUCCGCUCGUUACGGAUGAUGCUCCUCGGGACGAAGCUGCUGUGCAACGGAAGAAGGAAGUGGAAGAAUGGGUUGACGACUGGCAGUCAGCUGCUGAGAGUAUGACUGUCUCGAGAAGCCCAAGCAAGGCCCAUAGCAGGACAUACUCGAAUCUUUCGCAGUCGCGCAACCCUCCAAGUUCACCUGAGAAGUCUGACAGGACCGGGAGUAACAUCUCGGAGAAAAGCAUGACGAGCAUCGGGUCCUUUCAGAGAUCAGUCGCUGGCACUGUGUCGCGGAAUAUCUCCCAGCGAAGUGCAAGCGCGGGUUAUACCUUGUUCUCAGGUCCCGCGGCGGCUAUGGGCCGAUUCGGGUUUGGCCGACAAGGCGCUGCCGGGCACGAUGUCGGUGCAGGGCUUUGUCGAGCACCCUCGAAUCGAAGCGUGUCGCUCAAUAUUGACACCACUCGAGAUAGUUCUGCUUGGGACGGCGCAGAGACACUGGCCUCUGCUCGCAGUCGGUGGGCCCCGUCAGCGGGGGGAGAGGAACAGUCUCUUCUCAAUCGUGGCAACCAGCCGCGACAAAGCGAGGAGCGAGACUACAGUACGCUUCAGGGAAGCCCCAGCAAAGACAAAUAUUCGAGGACGGGCAGCCUGACAAACUCCAGCCGGAGGGCUUUGAACCUUCUGGGGAGCGUGAAACGCGUCUUCACUGGAACUGGCGGCGUUGACGUUCAAGAUCGAGUCGCGGCCUUUGAGACUGGAAGUGGGCAACCCAGCCCGACAAAGUCUUCGCAACCACCCGAGAUGACGGAGACGAGGGUGAAAAGGACGCUUAGUGGAGGACCAACCUCGUUCUGGCGCAGCAAACAAGGAGCCAAGGACUGGGAGGAUGAUUUGCCCAGUUCGAGUCAUACGGGCCCUUCAUCCACAGCCCGCCGAAAACCGGUCCCAGGAGUAAUACUGGACGAUAACGAUGGCGAAUUCUUAAAAGACGACGACUGGGACGUAGAAACAGCUGUACAGCAGCGAGUUGUCCAGGUCAUGUUCACUGUUCCCAAGGAGAAGCUGCGUGUCGUCAACGUCGAUGCCUUGAGUCUGCUGAGCAGUAACAGGAGCGAGGUGGACCAGGACGAGGACAAAGAGAGGGAUCAGGUGAAAAGGAUGAGCAGCGUGAGGGAAGGCGACGAAGACUACAACGAUGACCAUGCUGAUGAUGAUACUAUAAAGGGCAAGGGGAAGGAGAGGAUGCUUUGA